GAUUUUAUCACGACGCAGACACUGUCUCAUGUUUUUUUCUGAAUAAUAAUCUAAUGAAUUAGACAAAGUGAUCAAAUGUUCUAAUUAAUUUCUAUCAAAUAAGGCCGUACUCUAGUCGUCUAGCAUACACUCGUGUAGUGAUGGUGUGAAUAGUUUUCUUUGCAAGUAGUGACGGCGCCAGAAUGUCUGACGAGCCUGAAGCUAGGAUGUGGGACGAGGGCAGCUCCAGAUACGAGUCUGGAGACCAUGGAGUCUAUUUCGAAUCAGCCUUUGCCUCUUCCGAGCAUUUGGACAGAGCGCCUUUGCUCUCAGAGGAGACAUACACAGACAUCCCGGUCGGGCUGAGCUCCACAGCCACCCACUGUCAUUGGAACUCCCACUCGGAGCCUCGGAGCGCCGUGAGACAACUAUUACUAGCACUCGUACUAUGUGGACUGUUCAUGAUAGCAGAAGUGAUCGGCGGUUUCUUAGCAGGCAGUCUUUCAGUAAUGUGCGACGCGGCGCAUAUGCUGAGCGACUGUGGAGGCUUCGCGCUUGCUCUACUCGCCUUCCAUUGUGCGAAACGUCAACCAGACUUGACCAUGUCUUACGGUUACAAGCGAGCUGAGGUCCUCGGUGCAAUGGUGUCCGUCCUCCUAAUCUGGAUACUAACCGGCAUUUUCGUCUACGUGGCAGCCAUCCGGAUACAUUCGCGGGAUUUCGACAUAGAACCGGAUGCCAUGAUGGUAGUAUCCGGUUGUGGAGUCAUCUUCAACAUCAUACUCGCUGUUGUGCUACAUGGAUGCUCUGGAAUAGCACACCACCACACACACGGCGGUGCUGCGUGCGCACACGGUCACGCACAUGCGCACACGCCUCGCUCGCGCUUCGGAGUGUUCCGGCGCAACAAACAGAACGGGGCCAUAGUGAACGGGGACUACUCCGUCAAUGGCGACUACUCUAUGAAGGAGUUGGGAGAGACGAGGGUGGAAGGGGGCGGUGACAGGAAUAUUAAUCUUCGAGCGGCCCUCAUCCACGUGCUCGGUGACCUAAUCCAAAGUUGUGGGGUCCUCUUAGCUUCAGUACUUAUCAAAUUUUACCCCGAAGCGAAGAUAGUGGACCCGAUCUGCACAUUCGUGUUCUCAGUGCUCGUGCUACUGACGUCGGCACGAGUUGUGCGCGACGCACUAGCGAUGCUCAUGCAAGCCGUGCCCAGGGAUUUCCGGUACCGCGAGUUUGUGCAAGCCUUGUCGGGGAUUAGCGGCGUCCGCCACGUGCACUCCGUGCACGCCUGGGCGCUCUCCACGCACCAUGUCGUCGUGUCGGCGCACGUUGCUAUAGAUGAGCUGACAGAUUCUGAAGCGGUCCUGCACGCGUGCCAGCAGCUGGCUCAGGAGUACAACGCUAGGGCCGGGACGUUCCAGGUGGAGCGGUACUCGAGCGCGAUGCCAGCGUGCGGUGACUGCCGCCAGCCCGGCCACGUGCCCUGACACCUCAGCACGCUCACGCACUAGCCGAGCGAGGAAUCAACGGACACUUCAAGUACUGAAACUCCAGAAGAAGGAACUUGAAACGUAGGAUAAGUAUUACAAUUUAGUUAAAUUUUCAAAUAGUAUGGACAAUUAGAAAAUUCACAAAAAUGGCGCUGGCGUCGCAUGAUAUUUAUAUUUGACUUGAAAAUAAUAUAAACAAGACGAAAAUGUUAUUAUAAUUACGUAAUUAUAAGUAUUGUUAUGAA